UGCACUCGGUACAUACGAGGUUCUUACUUUAGAACAUAACAGAAUCCUAUAUAUUCUACAGUAACUACUUUGUUUUCAGCUAUGGGUAAAAACUGUAAAUUCACUCUUCCCAUUGUGAAACAAGGCGACAACGGGUCAUAUCGUAUAAAAUCACCGGAAGAAGAUUCUACGUAGGUUCCUCCUUGUCCUGCACCAAAAGAAAGAGUAGACCCACAAAAUGGAGAUAAUGCGGAAAAAGAAGCCAAUACACAGGCGAAUUCUAUUUCUGAGUGUGAAAGUCUUUUCGAACACAGCAGCGUGGAUGACAUCUCCAGUGGCAGUAGUGAUGUGUAUGAUCCAGAUAAAAACAAAAAUGACCAUAGCAGUAACAACAGCAUGGAAGACAACAAUGACGAAGUUGAUGUUGAAGUAAAAAGUACUAAGCAGUGCCGUAAAAGGAAAUGCAAUUAAUCACUUCAAAGUUUGCAGAAAGAAAAACAUAUGAGGGGACAGGAUUAUUUAGGAAUGCAAAAAGAUGAGUUUGGCAAAAAGAGGCCAACAAUGAGCAGAAUUAGGAGGGAAAUAAAACCACGAUGUACUUGUAAACAUUCUUCCUUAAAUCGGAACAGAAAUUGCAAGGAUAUUACAGAAGAGCAGAGACAGCUAAUAUUUAAUCAUUUCUGGCAGGAUACAUCUUGGGGUGAAAGAAAAAUUUUUGUUAGAAGCCAUGUGUACUACAUUCCAGUUAAAAGACGCAGAAAUAAUUUAGAAUCUAAUAAAUCUCACCAUUCUAACACACUAUAUUACAAUUUUGUAAUAGGAGGACAGAGAAAAACUGUCUGCAAGACUAUGUUUCUGAAUACUUUGUGCUUAGGGGAAUGGAGUGUCGGAACAUGGGUAUUUAGUGCAUCAGGAAUAACGCUUGCAGAAGGGCCUCAAAUGCAGGAGAGACCAACGAAAGUUUCAGGUGGACGACAAACAGCAUCAGAUUUUUUUGCAGAGUUGCCGAAACUGGAAUCGCAUUACUGCCAUCAUUCUUCCACAAAACUCUACUUGGAACCUAACUGGCAGAGUACAUCAGAACUACACAGGAAAUAUAUAGAAUUUUGCAAGAAAAGAGGACAAAUCCCAUCUGCUUACAAACAGUUCUGCGAGGUAUUUGAUGAAAAUAAUCCUAACUUAUUUUCGCCUAAAAAGGACCAGUGCAAUCUUUGUUGUUCUCACCAGACAGGCAAUAUCUCAGACAAUGAAUACUUUUUGCAUAUGGCCCAAAAAACUGAGGCAAAGGAAGCGAAAAAUAGUGAUAAAUUAGGACCAGCUAGAGUGUUUACUAUGGACCUUAAAGCACUUCUGCUUUCGCCCAGACUAAAAGCAUCUGCACCAUACUAUAAAAGCAAACUAAAAGGUCCACAACUUCACCAUCUAUGAUUUAAAAAGUAACUAUCCUUAUUGUUGCCUUUGGCACGAGAGUGAAGGUGGACUAACAGCUUCGGAAUUUGCUAGUAUACUCGUGUAUUUUAUAGAAACAUACGUCCAAAAUGAUUCAGAAACUAUUUUCUAUAGCGACGGAUGCAUGUACCAGAAUCGAAACUCAGUCACGAGUAAUGCACUGGCUCAUCUCACCAAUCAGAAAGGCAUUACAAUAGUGCAAAAAUUUCUGGAGAAAGGUCACACUCAAGUGGAGUGGGUUUCUAUGCACUCCACCAUAGAAAAGAAGUUAAAACCAGACACAGUUAUACUCCUGCUGGAUAAGUAGAAGUUUGUACUACUGCAAGACAAAGUCCUAGACCUUAUGUUGUCAAUUAUUUGGGCCACACGUUUUUCAAGUCCUAUGAUAAACUGUCGUUGUAUUCGUCUAUUUGACCAGGAUCCAAAAUUGGGGAUCCAGCAGUGACAUAUCCGGUGUCUCAAGUAUGAUCCCUCCGGAAAAAUGGAAUAUAAAUUGAAAUUCAGCGAUACAUAGGAACCACUUCCAAGAAGGAUGCCAAACAUACCCAGCUCAUUUACAGUGCCCCCUCUCUACAGUUCACCACUAAAGAUCAGUGCAGAAAAGUUUACGCAUUUGCAACAAAAGUUGGUCCUUCCUAAGGAUGUGCAUUCAUUUUAUGACACACUGCCUCACAUUUGUAAUGAGAGAACAUGUCCGUGCCUAAAAAAAAAAUGCUGCCGAAAAUAAACUUAUUUACAGCCACCUAUGACUGUGGUUGUGAUAGUAGCAGUAAUAGUAACAAUAAUAAAUGUUAAUAAACUACACAAACGUUUACAGUAAUGAAAGUUUAAAAAACAUGGAAACAAUGUUGUUAGCUUUAAUUAAACACUGUACUUUAUUAACAUCCAGAUUCCAAUAUU